AUGGGCAACAACUGCGUCGGACCAAACCUUGGUGGGAAUGGCUUCCUUCAAUCCGUUUCGGCGGCCGUUUGGAAAACCCGACCGCCAGAGCAGAGGCUUCCUCCACCUAACGGCGAGGAGAAAGACAAAACUCCACCGCCGGCAAAUGCUGUGAAGGAUUCCUCUAAAACAGAGUCGGGUUCGUUCGGAAAAGGUUCGGAACGUGUUGAUAAUCCUCCCAUGCCAGUUCAAAAUACACCACCUGAACAGGUGAAAAUAGCCGCUCAAGAAACAAAACCGCUUCCGGUUGAUCAUGAGAAGCCGGUUAGACUAGAGGUAAAUAAUACACCGCCGGCAACUAGUACUGCUGGGGGUGGUGGUGGUGGUGAUGGAGGUGGUGGUGGUGAGGGUGAUGCAGGGAAAGCUAAAAAACCUACACAUGUGAAAAGGGUAUCAAGUGUUGGACUUCAGGUAGAAUCUGUAUUGGGUAGGAAAACAGAAAACAUAAAGGAUUUUUAUAGUUUGGGGAGAAAAUUAGGGCAAGGGCAAUUCGGGACAACAUUUCUAUGUAUGGAGAAAGGGACUAACAAGCAAUUUGCAUGCAAAUCAAUUGCAAAGAGGAAAUUAACAACACAAGAGGAUGUUGAGGAUGUUAGGAGGGAGAUUCAGAUAAUGCAUCACUUAGCUGGUCACCCAAAUGUAAUACAAAUAGUUGGUGCUUAUGAAGAUGCUGUCGCUGUUCAUCUUGUUAUGGAGUUGUGUGCUGGUGGUGAGCUUUUCGAUAGGAUUAUACAGAGAGGACAUUAUACUGAAAGAAAAGCUGCUGAACUUGCUAGGUUGAUUUUAGCUGUUGUUCAGGCUUGUCAUGCUUUAGGCGUUAUGCAUAGGGAUUUGAAGCCUGAGAAUUUUCUAUUUGUUAAUCAAGAAGAAGAAUCACCACUUAAGACAAUAGACUUUGGACUCUCUGUGUUUUUUAGACCAGGUGAAUUAUUUACUGAUGUGGUUGGAAGCCCAUACUAUGUGGCCCCUGAAGUUUUGCGGAAGAACUAUGGUCAAGAAUGUGAUGUUUGGAGCGCUGGGGUGAUCAUUUAUAUUUUACUCAGCGGCGUCCCCCCAUUUUGGGAUGAAACGGAACAAGGAAUAUUUGAGCAAGUAUUGAAAGGAGAGCUUGAUUUUCAAUCUGAACCAUGGCCCAGCAUAUCUGCCAGUGCAAAGGAUCUUGUUCGAAGAAUGCUUGUAAGGGACCCUAAGAAGCGGUUGACGGCACAUGAAGUUCUUUGCCAUCCUUGGGUUCAGGUUGGAGGUGUUGCUCCUGAUAAACCACUUGAUUCCGCUGUUUUAUCUCGUUUGAAACAAUUCUCUGCUAUGAACAAGCUCAAGAAAAUAGCCAUUCGAGUAAUUGCUGAAAAUCUGUCUGAGGAGGAAAUUGCAGGACUGAAAGAAAUGUUCAAGAUGAUAGACACAGAUAAUAGCGGACAGAUCACUCUUGAGGAACUGAGAAAUGGUUUAGAGAAAGUGGGUUCCGUUCUAAAGGAUUCUGAAAUUACCUGGUUAAUGCAAGCGGCAGACAUUGAUGAUAGUGGUACCAUAGACUAUGGUGAAUUCAUAGCAGCUAUGCUUCAUCUAAACAAGGUCCAAAAGGAGGAUCAUCUCUUUGCAGCCUUUAAUUACUUUGACAAAGAUGGUAGUGGAUACAUUACCAGGGAUGAACUUCAACAAGCCUGUCAACAGUUUGGCCUACAAGAAGAUCAUCUAGAUGAUAUAAUACGUGAAGCUGAUAAGGAUAAUGAUGGACGUAUUGACUACAGUGAAUUUGUUGCAAUGAUGCAAGACACUGAUUUUGGCAAAAAGGGGAUACAAACAUCAUGA